GCGGCCUUACGCGGCUGGCCCGCGGCGCGCGCGCCCGCGGUCGCCGGCAAAGAGCCCGCCGCGAGCAGCGACGAGGAGCUCGAGGGCAGCUGGAGCGACGACUCGUCUUCGGUGGCGGCCUCGGAGAAGGCCGCGGCGCUGGCGCACUUCAGGGCGCAGACCCGCGGCGGGUGCGUGGAGCUCUGCUGCGCGCGGCUGCUGUGCUCCUGGUUCUGCAAGCUGCUUGUGCUGCUCUCGCUUACGGCGGGCAUAUUCGCCUACGGGCCGCUCAGCAGGCCCAUGUGGAUACCCAUCUCGAGCUACAGCCGCGGCUGCGAGCGGAACGCCGACGGGUCCGACGGCGCCUUCGAGAAGCGGGGCAGCCACAGCCUCAACAGCUGCAAGGGCCUCUGCGAGCGGACAGACGGCUGCGUGGCAGUGGACGUCUUCAACCACACGCACGCCUGCGCCCUCUACAGGCAGCCCUGCCUGUUCCCCCAGUCGACGAGGGACGGGGCAGCUUCUUUCCAGAUCGCGAGGUUCUGCAGCGUGCCGGACGGCACUCGCGGGAUCCUCAUCGAGGGCGAGUGCAACACCGACAUACAGCCUCCGACCUUCUGGGCGCUGGCGUCCUCGGAGCUGCUGCACGU